AUGGAGAACGCAAGAUCUACAGAUGCAUUUGAAACUUCUGAUGCUAGAAUGGAUCGAUUAGAAAGAAUGAAGUUUAACAAAAUGAAACCACCUACAUUUCAAGGGGAGCUUGAACCACUAAAGGCUGAAGCAUGGAUCUUAGAGAUUGAAAAGCUGUUUGAAGUUUUUCCAUGUUCUGAAGAGCAAAAGGUUUUGCUGGCAACUUUCACCUUGCAAGAAAAAGCUAGAAUGUGGUGGAUGCUUAUCCGUGAUCAGAAUACUACUAUGACUUCGGCACAGUUUAAAGAGUUAAAGUUGGGUACUAUGUCAGUAGCGAAGUACGAAGCCAAAUUCACCGAGUUUGCACGGUAUGUGCCACACAUGGUAGAUACCGAUUACAAAAAAGCUAGGAAAUUUGAAGGUGGACUUGAUGUUGAGGUCCUUGACUGGAUCAAUGUACUAAAGUUGGUAAAAUAUGUUGAUGUCCUAGAUAGGGCCCUUAUGACUGAGGCGAAUAUUGCUACACUAAAACAAGUGAAGACACUGGUGACCGAAUGGAAGGGUAAGAUACAGAGAUUGAACUUUAAGAAGGGCCGAAACAACUCAAACAUUUCAUAG